AUAGGCAGCACAAGAAUCAGAGUGAACAGGGUCAGUGACGCAAGCUGAAAGGAAGAACUCGUGUGCAAACUGCACAUCAGUCGGCUGAGAAUUCCUCAACAGCCUUAUCCCACUUUGUUUUCAACAUGAAACGCUUCAAGUACCUGCUGUUACUGUGGCUUUUGUCUCCAUCCAUGAUGGAUUGUUCUGCUGAUGAAGAUGGCUACUUCAUGUAUACUGACCAUAGGUGUUCCAUGCACUCCAGAGAUAAAGAGCAAGUGGAGUAUCUGGUCGACUGGUAUUUUAACAAGGAGUUUACAAUGCAGUACAACAGCACAGUGGGGAAGUGGACGGGCUUUACCCCAGCUGGAGUCAUCACAGCUUUGGAGCAGAAUGUCAAGCAAGACUUUCUACAGAGGAUAGUGGAGCGAGAUCUGAUAUGUGUCAACAAUGUUGAGUUGAUAUACAACAUAACUGAAGAAUACAUGGGUAAAUAUUUGCUGGAGUAUCCAGGCUUCUGCUGCUGGGAUCGUCAGGCCGGCUUUGAGCAGAAGAUGGCACCCGGUGAAGCACCAGGCUUUUACACCAGAGCUGCCAAUCAGGGAACGCCAACAAACGGAGACUGGACCUAUCAGUUUCACUCUUACCUGGAGCACACACCUGGUGGGAAGGACAAGGUCAGCUGCACGGUGGACCACGCCAGCCUCAAGGAGCCCAAGAUUUGUUCCUGGGACUCAUCCGUGGAUCAGUCGACAAGGAGCUUUGUAGCUGGUGGAGUCUGUGCUUUGAUUUUGGGAGCCAUAUUUGUUUCUUUGGGUCUGACUCGGUACUGGAGGAAAAGCCGUCCAAACGUUUCUAAUGUCCUCUAAAGUCAGUCAGUGAUGCAAACAUUUUCAUCUUCAAAAGCUUAAUUGUAUAUUUGUGUGUGUAUUUAAUAUCUGUUGAAGGUUAGUGUUCUCCAGUCCAACACUGAUGUUAUGUAGAACUUAAAAUCUGAUUUUGAUGAUCAGCCGUUGCCAUAAACAAGCCUGAGGAGUCACUUAUAUACAUUAACCUGCUUUGAACUGUAGAAAGUGUAUCGUCAGCAAUUUUAAGUUAAUAUUACUCCAUUUGUUUUAUGCAAUCAUUUUAUAAAAAAUGAGUACGUUAUCAUUUUGAGGUGAAAUAAAUGAAAGUUUUUUAAUUACAGGGACAUUUGUACAUCUGUGUUGAAUUUUUAAAAAGAUUUAGGGGCUUUAACAGUUACCAUUGAGUUCACUUUAGAAACUUGUGACAAAGUUAACUAUCAUGACUCUAUAU